CAACAAAAAUGAUAAUUUACAAAAUGAUAAUAAUAAUAACGAAAAUAAUUGAAAUUACUUGAGUGAUUACUAUUGAUCUGUCCCCCGUGCCUCUUGAUUGUUAGUGUUGUGUAUAAAUCCUACUGGAGUCAGUGGACUUUAGAUAGUGAAGAAUUGUUAACCUGAAUGUUAACUAGUUGAGGUACUCGUUUUGUUUGUAUUUCAUUGUGCAUAGAGCAGUGGCAUAAUUUGUCAGAUUGUUAGGAUUGUUCAGGGCUAGGGUGUGUGCCUUCGUUGUCUCCUUUUCGGCCACCCUAAACCCUCGUUUUCAUUUAGUAUUAAUUCAAACCAUUGUAUGUUUUAUUUUGCUUUAAUUUCAUCCACCCAUCAAUAAACAAGUGAUUGCCUGAUAACAUCGGCUCAAUGUUACUCCCUUUACCCCUACACCAGCUGCGGGUUGUAACAUAAAAUACAUAUAUACAAAUCUCCACUUGCAGAAAUGCAUACAUACUUGCCUGUUUGAUUCCAAAACGUAAGGUAUAAAUCCCAUAUUUUAUGAAAGAUAUGACUUGUUUGUUUGAUCGUGUGUGAGGUGUCUAGCAAUAAGACGCUUCACUUGUAUUAGGCAAAGGUUAAUCAACUUGCGUUCAUGAGUUCUCAGGGCCAACGCUUCUGGAAUAAGACUAAGGAUACAAAUCUCUGGGCUUAUAGGGAUUUUUUUUUUGCGGAUGAUGUUGGAAAUUGUGUUGAUUAUUCCUUUCCAAAAGUCUUGUAUGUGAUUACACUUAGGAUUCCUGCUAUGCCGUUUUUAAACAAGUUUAUCUGAACAAAACUUAUUAUAUUGUCAGUGCUGCCAACUCACAGGUCACAAUAUAGCGUCGCAAACACAGAAGAAAUACAAUAUCUUUGUGUGUUGAUGGGAACACUGAACCGAGUGACCAACUUUCCUCAGGAUAGAUGAUACCUGAUCUACAUCUACAACAGGAAGCCCUGGAGGGUGUGUGUGUCUGUGAAGCCCCCACUCAAACAGAAAUAAGAUAAGGUAUAGAGGUGUAUACGUAUUCAGGUAUGAAGGCCCAAAAGGUGGACUAUAGGUUUAAAGGGGAGGAGCUAUAGAAUAGAAUUGAUGGGAAACAUAUAUAGGUGUGACUCCUGCAUCAGUCCAUCACACCUUCUGCCUUCCUGAAGCCAAUAUCUGUUGCCAGCAUCAACAUGCGAGCUAUUGUAUUGCUGUGUCUGUUGGAAGUAGCCUUCGGCCAGGAUGCUCAGUACGACUGGGGCGGACCUGCAGAUGUCGACCCCAACGUGGCUAAUGCGUGUCUUACUGACCAGGGGUCGUGCGGCUGCUGUCUGAUGCAGCAGCAGAUGCACAGGAUGACGACGUUCUUUAACACGAGCCUCAAGGCGCUUGAGAAGGAACUGAUGGAAACACAGUCCGUCCUCAACAAUGUCAGAGCCAGCCGUAGUGCCUUCUCUGUCGCUCUAAACAAUGCCGAUAGAAUUACCUGCUUUGGCCCCUUCCACGAUGACAGGCUCAUCGCCUACAAAAAUGUCUUCAUCAACCUGGGUAAUAACUACAAUGCGGACACCGGUAUCUUCACUGCCCCGCGCUCUGGUGUCUACAGCCUCGCCCUCACCGUCUACAGCGACGCUGGCUCUCCUGGUAACAGCUUGGCCGCCUGCGCCAAUCUGCAGGUGAACGGCCAAGUGAUGGCAGGACCCAGAGAUAAAAAUAUGCAAGACCAAGAGGACAGUGCCACUAUUGUUGUGGCCGUCCAACUGAUGGCUGGGGACAGAGUGUCUGUCAACCUGCCCAUUGGAUGUUUCCUCUGCGAUGACAGCAACCACUAUAACACUUUCACUGGUUUCCUGCUGUAUGCUACUGACUAAGUUAGAGAAAUGUAGCUGCUCUGGGAUUUGUACCAACUGAGUCUGAUAUAUGAAAUAUUUCUGUGGUUGUGCUCUGUAGCCCUUAAUGUAUCUGCUCUUUUGUACUGUCGUCCAUCCCAACACAAUGCUCUUAUCUUACGUCUUAUUUCAUCAUGUUCCACUAUCCUAACUCAUUAUUAUCUUCUUGACAGAAGCAAGUACAUUUUCUAAUGUUUGAAGCCUUUUCAAAACAUAAGAAAUAACAUUUCAAAAUGUUACUAUUGUCCAUGUUCUGACCUUCUUCACAACUGAUUAAUGUCAUACAGCCUGUGUAUCUUUGUUCUUGUAACUGCAAAUAUGUCACUUACUGAUUUUAUGUGACAUAAAUCGUGAUUGAAAUAUGUGAUAUACCUGUAAAAUCGCAA